AUGACACCGCCCGCAACACCCAAUGGCUCGCAGGAAGACCUGGCGGCGGACCAGCUGCCACCACCGGUCUUCCACAACUUCCUGCGAGCCUUUUAUCCUUUCCAUCCAAGCUACGCCAUGACCGAUUCGAGCGUGACCCUUCCAUUGAACGAGGGAGAAGUUAUCUUGGUGCACUCAAUUCACACCAAUGGAUGGGCCGAUGGAACCCUGCUGGUAUCAGGCGCAAGGGGAUGGCUUCCGACCAACUACUGCGAGGCAUAUGACCCGGAAGAGAUGAGGAACCUCUUGAAAGCAUUGCUCAACUUCUGGGAUCUUUUGCGAAGCACAUCCGUAAACGACAGCGAGAUUUUCGGGAACCAAGAAUUCAUGAAGGGCAUCAUUGCCGGAGUACGCUAUCUGUUGGAACGCACUCACUGCCUGACCAGGGAGUCGGCUAUCAUAACCCGCAACGAAAGUCUACGGCGCGCACGCAAGACAUUACUUUCCGAGCUGUCAGCCUUGGUGAAGACAGCAAAGCGUUUGCAAGAAGCUCAGAAGGGCAUCGGCCAACCGACAGAAGAUGUCAACGAUAUCAUUGACGAGAUGAUUCUGAAGGCUUUCAAGAUCGUGACCAAGGGUGUAAGGUUUUUCGAUAUCCUUGAGGAUGAUCGUAGGCAACGCGCCCCCGCAGUGACUGUCAUGGCUACCGUCAUUGAAGAAUCCUACAUCCCACCGACGCCGCCUGCAGAUCAGAUCAAGUUUGAUGCAACUCAGAAUGCAGCUUCCCGAGGACCGACGAACGGAACACCCACCAGGGGUACGCCCUCGCAAACAGGCGACGCGGCACAAACGUCCAACGCACCGAAUAGCAGGCGGCUUUCUACCCGCCAGUCCCCCGCCAGUCCCAACUCGCACCGCAUGUCUCAAAAUGUCAAACGGCUGUCAUCCAGCAUCUCACAUCGCGUCUCAUUGGCUGGCCCUUCUCCGCUGUCAAGACCGCAUCAUCUUGUCUCGGAACGCCUCAACAAGAGCCACGAUACUUUCUUGUCCCACCUGGGCUCCUUCAUUGGCCGUCUGCACUUGCAGUCCCAGUCUCGGCCGGAGUUGGCCUUCGCCAUCAAGCUCUCGGCGACGUCGGGUGGAGAACUGCUGGCUGUUGUUGACAUUGUGUGCGGUCAAAGUACCAGCUCUGACAUGUUAGCCAGGGCAAGGGAUAUGAUGUUUGAGCGCAUUAGGGAACUGGUUAUCGCGGCUGGGCAAAUCAUCCGCCACGCAGCGUUCCAGGAUGCCGACGUUAUCAUGCCCCAGGACAACAGCUUGCUGUUGAUGGCCGCAACGGGCUGUGUGAAGGCUGCUGGCGAGUGUGUAGCCAAGACGAAGUGGGCGAUUGAGCGUGUCGGCGACUUUGAGUGCGAAUUCGAGGCCGGCGAGCUGGGCAUUGAUCUCAGUGUCUUGGACGUUGCCUUUGAGCCGCAAUACCGUCGGCCAUCGAUCGCACCAUCCGUUGCAGAAACGACUACCACCGAGGCGACCAGUGUCGCGGGGUCUACUCGAAGUUCUGACUCUAUGCACUCGGUUGUGCCGCCAACGCCCCACCACCAGCAGCGCCCGAGUCUCGUCGCCAACGACAAGCCAUUGCCUCAACUACCACCCGUGGAUGGCAGUGAAUCUCACGGUCACCGACGUCGGCCUUCCUCUCAGAACUCCUCUGCACCUAACUCUCGACCGUCAUCACUCAACCUCAACAAUGACCAUGUUGCCAAUAUGAUGUCUUCCGUAUCGUCGAUGCGGCCGACUCUCCCGCCUCUCCCCAAACUGUCUACAUCCCUGCUCCCGGGAGAUGAGUACAGCCCCAUCGAAAACCAGGAUGGCGACUACAACAGUUCCUCCCGUGUUGACAGUAUAGCUGCUUCAAGUGCGGGCAGCAGUAGCACUUAUCUCAGCCGAGACUCCGAGGCCAGCUUGGUUUCUCAAACAUCUACUCGCGCGACCACACCGGAUCACUCUCUGGCACCGAAACUCAAGCCUUCCAUGUCAGAGCUCAGCAACGCUGGAAGCGCAAACGCCAUUAACGAAGAAGUUGACGAUGUCGAGUCUAAGAUGCUUGAGAAGACAUACGCCCACGAGCUGAUUUUCAACAAGGAGGGCCAGGUUACCGGCGGCUCCCUCCCAGCCCUGGUUGAGCGUCUUACGACCCACGAAUCUACUCCCGACGCGACUUUCGUGUCAACUUUCUAUCUCACAUUCCGCUUGUUCAGUAGCCCGCUCAAGCUGGCUGAGACUCUCAUCGACCGAUUCCACUACGUCGCCGAGGCACCUCACAUGGCCGGCCCAGUCAGGCUCCGCGUUUACAACGCUUUCAAGGGCUGGCUCGAGUCGCACUGGCGCGACGAGACGGAUCGCGAAGCCCUCAGCCUCAUUGAGCCUUUUGCGGAGUACGAGCUUGGCGCAGUGUUGCCCUCCGCUGGUCGUCGACUCUUGGAGCUUGCUCAGCGCGUAGCCAAGGACAUUGCUCUCGUCCCGCGCCUUGUGUCGUCCAUGGGCAAGACGAACACCUCGAUUGCGCAGUAUAUCCCGGCCGACACACCGCACCCGCCAUUGGCUCUCACCAAGAGCCAGAUUCAUCAGCUAUUUGCUUGGAAGAACGGUGGCAGCAACCCUACUGUCCUGGACUUCGAGCCUCUUGAGAUUGCCCGCCAGCUCACCAUCAGACAGAUGAACAUCUUCUGCUCCAUCAUGCCCGAGGAACUUCUCGCGUCCCAGUGGAUGAAGAAGGGUGGUGUUGAUGCCCCCAAUGUCAAGGCUAUGUCGGCCCUGUCCACUGAUCUGUCUAACCUCGUCGCCGAGACCAUCUUGCAACACUCGGAGGUCAAGAAGCGUGCCGCCGUCAUCAAGCAGUGGAUCAAGGUGGCUCAUCAAUGCCUAGAACUCCACAAUUAUGACGGCCUGAUGGCCAUCAUCUGCAGUCUGAACAGCAGUACAAUCAGCCGUCUCCGCAAGACCUGGGACAUUGUUUCUGUCAAACGACGCGAGAUGCUCCGCACACUGCAGGCCAUCGUUGAGCCUGCGCAAAACAACAAAGUCCUCCGGACCCGCCUCCACGACCAUGUCCCUCCUUGCCUACCCUUCCUCGGCAUGUUCCUGACCGAUCUGACCUUCGUCGACAUUGGCAACCCUGCGACUAAGCAGAUUCCUACCCUCGGUGGCGAUGGCUGCGAGGAGAAUGGCGGCGGUCUCACCGUCGUCAACUUCGACAAGCACACGCGUACGGCCAAGAUCAUUGGAGAGCUUCAGCGGUUCCAGAUCCCAUACCGUUUGACCGAGAUCCCCGAGAUGCAGGAUUGGAUGGCAGCGCAGAUCGUGCGUGUUCGUGAGAGCGACCAAGGCAAUGUUCAAGUCAGCUACUACCGCAAGAGUCUUCUCCUGGAGCCUCGGGAGAUGGCGGUGCGAACUCCCAUUGAGCCCCAGACCAGCAUCACGAGCACCCAGGGCCGCGGCGACCUCUUUGGCUGGAUGAGCCGAGACCGAGGUGCACCGACACCUACACCGAUGUGA